CUUUCCGGACGUACGGGCGCUAGGACCCCGAAGAACGCUGGCUGGUGAACAAGUGGCCGCCGAGUCCAACUGUAAACUGUAGCGGCCAAUCUGACUCACUGAUCCGAGCACGGAACGACAAAAGCCGCCGCUGUGUCUGCGGACGACGCCGACAUGUAGAAAACUUUAUUAUCCGCACGAACGAGGGAUUACAACUGGAAACGAACGAGGAGGAGAAAAGCGGCAUGGACUCGAGACGCAGAAGCGUUGCGAUGGAGCAGCUGGUGAGCGAGCUCAGCGGUCUGCUGAAGAUGCUUGAUCAUGAGACGGUCAGUCCAGCAACUGCAGAGAAGAUGGCCUCCAUACGGAACAUUCUGGAUUCACUGCCGCUAUCAGUGAAUGGAUCAGAUGUCUACAUGAACAGCUGUCUCUAUGGAAACGGCACCAGCUUUGUCGAGUCUCUGUUUGAGGAUUUUGAUUGUAAUUUGCACAUGCUCAGUGCUUCACCGGUGGAGCAGAAAGAACAUAAAGAUGAAGAGGAGAACAGCCACGGCAAUAAAUCUACACCGACUGAUACCCCCCCUCCUCUGCCAGCCACCCCACUUCCUGACGACUACUAUGAAGAAGCUGUUCCUCUGGAUCCCGGAUCCAGUCCGCAGUACUUCACCACCACUAUGAACUCAUCCAGGAACUCUGUAGAGGACGCCUAUUACGAAGACGCCGAUAAGAACUACCCAACCACCAGAAUUAAUGGACCUCCUAAAAAUUCCAACAACGACUCAGAUGCUCUGAGCAGCUCCUACGAGUCGUACGAGGAGGAGGAAGAGGAGCCGAAAGGGCAGGGCUUGUCUCAAAAAUGGCCGUCUGAGCAGAACAUGGACGGGCCUGUGAGAGAUUGCCACAUAUGCGCCUUCCUGCUGAGAAAAAAACGCUUCGGCCAGUGGGCUAAACAACUAGUAAUUAUUAGAGAUAAUAAACUCCAGUGUUACAAAAGCAUCAAGGACACGUCUCCCCACACAGAGCUCCCCCUGAAUCUCUGUAACGUCAUCUAUGUCCCGAAAGAAGGCAAGAAAAAAAGACACGAGCUGCGCUUCUCGCUACCUGGAGGGGACGCUCUGGUGCUGGCAGUUCAGAGUAAAGAACAGGCUCAGCGAUGGCUCAAGGUAGUUCAUGAUGUCGGGAUUCAGUUCAACCACUCUGAAGGACUCAAUGGAUCCACGUCUCCAAUUAUACAGAGAAAGCUGGAGCUCGAUAAGAUGCUGCAGUCGUCAGACAAACAGGCAUCCGACUCCGACAGCGGGCCAACCGCAGACAGUCAGUCGACCGGACACAGACCCGGCCGGGACACCACCGACUCACUCAGCAGAGGGAAGCGUGGCGCCUUCUCUGAGCUGACGGGGUCGAUGAGCCGAGCAGCCGGCAAGAAAAUCAAUCGGAUCAUCACCUUCUCCAAAAAGAAGAACGCUUUGCCGGGAGAGCCGGCCUCGUCUUCAGGCGGUGCUGACAACCCCCGCUGUGGCUAUCUCAGCGUCUGCCUCAGCGGCUCCUGGAAGGAGCGGUGGUGCGUGCUGCGGGGGGGGAACCUGUACCUGCAGAAGGACCCCGGAGAUCAGCGGCCGCCGAUUAUCGUGGUGCCGCUCAAGAGGGCGGAGGUGGUGCCAGGCGGGCUUGGACUGAAGCACCCAUUCUCCUUCAGGAUCAUGCAGGGAGGAAAUGAGCUGGCGUCUUUAGAGGCCAGCUGCUCUGAAGAUCUGGGCCGCUGGUUGGGGAUUCUGUUCGCAGAGACGGGCAGCUCUGCUCUUCCUGAAGAGCUGCACUACGACUACAUCGACGUGGACACGCUCACGGAUAUCCGGCACGCCGCCAGACAGUCCUUCUUGUGGGCUACAACCACAUGCAGCGCCUCCAUAGAAUCCAGAACUUAUGAUGAAGUUUAUGAAAGUAUCGCGGAUGAGGAUUCUGAAGGCAAGUCGAGCCAAGUGAGACGUCACGCAUCCUUCUCCAGCCGGGACUCUGAGAGGACUGAGCAGCAGGCUACCAUUAAGAGACACACCUCCAAUGUCAUUCAGUACGGGCGCUACGGGAAGACGCGCGCCGAGGAGGACGCUAAACGAUACCGGAGACAGAAAGAGGAGCUGGAGAAGCAGAAAGAGGAGCUCCGGAACUCGCUGAUCUCCCUCCGUAAGGAGAAGAAGGUGUUGAAGGAGGAGGUGAAGAGUGGACCAGGUCAGAGAGGGAAAAGAAAAAAAAGCAGAACCAAUUGGGAGAAGGGAUUCAUGUCAUGUGUGCUUGUGGGUUUAGGUCACGACGCAGAAAAGCGGUUAGCUGAGCUGGAGACUCUGUGCAAAGAGAAAGAGGAGGAGAGGGUGGAGCUGGAGCUCAGACUGACCGAAGUCAAAGAAAAUCUGAAGAAGUCACUGGCGAGAGGAGCGCUGACUCCUCCCACUAAUGCAGAUAUUUGCCCAAAGGUGUCGGGAAACAACAAGGAAAAAGUUUACAGUGAAACUGUGCCUGUUAACUCUGCGUCUGAGCUCCGCAAACGCCCGCCAUCUUUUUACGCCUCAUCCAAGGGGAGUGUCAUGCAGAAGGCAAAGGAGUGGGAGUCGAAGAAAGCGACCUAAACUGAACAGACUGUAAGAAAAAGUAACAGAAAGAACGAACAAAGAACAGCAGGAGGAUGUGGAAGUACAAGAAAUCUUACUGACACUAAAAAGAAAAAAGAAAGAAAGGUGAAAAAAGAUAUGUUAAAAAAUGACAUCCCAGCACUGUAAAUAUGACAGUGAUGUUCAGUAUUGAGGUGACCACUAUGGAGGAUAAACAUUUGUGGGUGUUUACAGUUUGCAGUAAAGUACUGCAAGAAGAUGCUUCAAAGAACUCGACUUCAGGGUUACAGAAAGACUUCCAGGUUUCAUCUUAAACCUAAAAUUUCGACGUUUUUUUUCACCAAAAAAAAAAAAAGUUUCAUAUCUAAAAAGAUCCUUUUUGAACCAAACGUGUCUCAUAUUUGAGCUGUUCUAAAUCAUUUUUAUUGUGUCAAUGUGAAGUGGUUGGUUUAAACCAUCAUUUUGGGUAUUUUUACUUAUUUAACUUUUGCACUUUAUCUUUUUGUAUUUUAUGAUUGUAUAAAUGUUAUGAAGAUUAGCCUUUACGCUCCACAGAAAACCUUCACUGUCAUCUGAUUUUUUAAAACUUGUUACAGCAAGUUGAACAAAAAAAGUGGAGUAAAUAAAUGAUUAUUAUUUUAA